UUAAAACAUCGGAGGCUCAAGCCAAGCAUCUGAGGAAAGCACUGGAUCAGAAAAACUGUGAAGUCCAUCAUCUCGCCCAAGUUCAAAAUGAGCUGGAGGAAAGUGUCCAGGUACUUCUCAACUCAAAGAACAAGACCAGCUCAGAGAACGAGGAGCUGCGCCGGACAAACCAGGAGCUAGAGAGGCAGCUGGAAGGCAUCCGAGGUCAAUUACAGCAAACCAAGGAUCGCGUGCAGGACAUGUGCAGCUCAAUGACACGGCAGCAGGCAGGGGAAGCUCCAGAAGAGCAUCAGCCAAUGCAACCAUUGCUAGGAGGCUCUGCAGUGGCCCAGGAGCCGAAGGAAUGUCGGAGAGAUAACUCAAAAUCUUCAGAGCUGCUGGAAGAGAAAGAAUCCAGAAGAGUGCCAGUGGUGUCCAGAGAUGAAGGGUCAGCACUUAACCAGCACACGAAUGAAGACACUCCAACAGGCGGAUCUUCACAGGGCAGAGCGACACAAGAUACAAGGCUCUCACAAGCACAGCUUUUGAAUUCAUCAGGAGAUGACUCCCUCCCAGACCUGAUAGCAGACAGUGCCAGCUCAGCAGUGCAAAGAGAAGAAAAGGAAAAAGAAACAAGAAAGAAGAGUAAGGAAGAGGAUGAAGGUCAAACAGUGGAGAACCUACAAGCUGAGGAAGGGGAAGCACUGCAAGAGGAAGAAAGAGCAAGGCAGCAAACCUGGGACACAGUGGCUAAGGGAGGACAAGAUAGGGAAGGAGAUCCUACAGAGGAUGGUCAGAAGGGAGUAGGCAGAAAGACAGAGGAUGAUCGAAACAGGUGGCAGAAAGAACAAGAGGGAGUUGUAGAGCUUUUAGAGGCAGAAGAAAAGAAACAAGGAUGGGAACAGGAACCCUCAAGGAAAGAAAUUAAUAAUGAUAGAAAAGAGCAGAGAUGGGAUGUUGAGGAGAAACCGGAAGACAACAGUGACAUUAGGGAAGAGGAAUUGGAACAAGAUCGAGAGGAAACUAAUGGGAGGGAGGACAAACAUCAAACGAGUGAAAUGGAGGCAGAGUUAACAGAACAAGAGGAGGGUGCACAUUGGGCACAGAAAGUAGAUGAAGUAAUAGUGGAGGGAGAGAAUUCCAACAAACAGUGCAGCAAGCAGGAUAGAGCACAUAAUGAACAAGAAGAAGGCCAGACCACAGCCAUAGUAAAAGAGACAGCUGGGUGUUCUAAGGGGAGUAUGCAAGAAAAACAGGACAGGUGUGUGGAUAGUGAAGGCAAAGUGCUAAAGCAAGAGUACCUGGUGGAGGAUGUGUGGUCCAAGAGAAAUGAACAGGGUGGAAUAAGUGGGAGAAUACCUAUGAGUGAGGUUGAGACAGUAAUGGAGGAAAAGAUAUACAGAGAGGAAGGAGAAGUGCAAGGGAUCAAUACAGACCAGGAAGAGGCAUCACAGAAUGAAGACAAGACAGAGACAGCAGAUGAUCUGGUAUACACAGACAGUAAACAAGUGAACAUAGGCCAGGGGUUAAUUAGUUCAGAACAAGAAGGAUUAUUAGUAAGGGGUCCUGUUAACCAGACUCAGCAAGAUGGAUUCAAGGGGAAUGUUGAGGAGUUGCCAAAAGAGAAUGAAGUGUCACCAAAUGAAAUAGAUGAACCAAAUGAUCGAGGACAGCUGUUGGAUUCAAGUUCUAAAACUAAAUCAGACCAUUUGAAGGAGGAGCAUACGAUGCAAGGAAAUGAAGAGCCAUUUGAACAAAAGGUGCAGAGUGAAGAGGGAAGUGAAGAAACAAGUAACAUGCUGCAUUCAGUAGUGAAUGAAGAUCAGCUCUUGAGGAAAGAAUCAAUUGAAGACAACCAAGAAGUGCUAUCUAGUGAAGUUAUGGAAAAGAAGAUAAAAAUACACCUAGAGGAGGGUAAACAACUGAAGUACAAUCUUAAAGAAGAGCUGCAAGCAACAAAGGAGGAAAGGCAAGAGCAGAUAAGUACUACUAGAGAAGAAGAGCAUAAGAAUGUGCUGAAGCCAGCAUAUAUUAGCACAACAAUGAGCUAUGAAGAAACUAAACUUAGAGAUGUAAUUCAGAUAAAUGUGGAUCUCAGAAAUGAAGGUACAGUAGUCAAAAGAAAUGAUGAAUUCUUGGAGACAGAAACAAAAGAGAACAUAGUUGAGGAAAGAGAUGAAGACCAGCCAGCACAAGGGCAGGGCCAAGAAAAAAGAGUGACUUUCCUUCUUGAGACAGAGGACAAAUUCAGAAAGAAUGAAGAUGUUACGGAGACCGUAGUUGCACAAACAACAGUUGACAAAGACGAAGCAGGAGUUAGCUGUACACAAGGAGGUGAGCAGUCUCACGAAGAAGAAAAUGUAAGAUACUGGGUUGAGGGAAUGUAUCCUGUUGAACAGAAAGGGGAAAUCCAGGUUGGUGAAACUGAGAAUUUAAAGGCAGAUGAAAGAAAGCUGCACAGCAAAGAUGAAGGACUUGAAAUAGACCGGGUGAUACAUCAAAAUGAAAGGGGGGAGGGCAUGGAGAGUGAAGAAAAUGACAACGGAAAAAACGUACGGCUUUUAGGCCAAGAAGUAGUGGAACAUGGAAAUCGUGCUGGUGGCAAUGAAGAACAGUUUGAUAAGAAACUCUGCAAACUUAAUAACAGCAUUCCUACUGUAGAUGUCAGUGUCAUGGACAACACACAACAGGCUGACCAAGUGGGACUGAUGGGACUGCAAAGUAGCACCAUACAGGUAUGGGAGGAGUGGAACGCAAAGAACAAUUUAAGUAAACAAGAAGCUUUUUAUAAUCUUACCAAUAAUUCUGGAGAGCAAGGCCAUAACAGACAAUUAGAACUGAAUAUACCUACAGCACAUUUUGCACAGAAUGAAGAUUGUGAGAUGAAGAUACUGAGUGACAGAGAACAGAAAGAUGGUGUUGAAACUAAUGAGGACAGUUUACAGAAAGGAGACAAGGAAUGGAAAGGUGACCCAUUUAAGGAUGUAGAGACAAACAUUACCAUAGAGAAUCUAAAAGAAGGCAAUGAGCAAAAUAAGAGAACUAUACAUGGGGAAGAUGGCAGUGGGUUUCUAAAAGAAAUGGAAGAGAUAUCUAAUGAUGUAUAUGGAGUUAAAGAUAUCCAAGACUAUGAUGAAUGUAAAAACGAAGCCAAAAUGCAUGAUGUUAGAUUUGGAAGAGAUAAAGAUGAUAAAAAGACAGAGCUCCAAGAGGAACGGGAAGAAGACACAUUUAGAGAUGGUCAGGGAAACGCUGUGGAAAAUGGUGAGGACAGGAAUGAUGGACUUUUACAAGAGGGUGAUAUGUGUAAGAAGAUAAUGGACCUACAGGAUGAAUGGGAAGGAAAGCCAAUUCUAGAUGAAGAGGCAAUCCACCACAGUACUGUGUACCCAACAGAAACCAAGCCUGAUGAAGAAAUCAAGGAUGGGGUGAAUAGUAGUGAGGCAGCAUUGGGACUUGAUGAGGAACAGCAAGAAAGAAAACUCGGUAAAGUAAUCACAAAUAUUGCAGAUAAUAAGGAUUAUAAAAAAAUUAAGGAGACUAAUGAGGACAUCAAUAAUGGAGAAGAUAGCAAUGGAAUAAAGAGAAGCCAAUGUAAAAAUGAGAAACAGGAAGCAUAUAUGGAUAAAGAGAUAGACACCAUAAACAAAACAGAUCAGGAAGUGGAAAAAUGGAUUAUGGAAGGCAUGGUAGAGAGUAAUAUGAUACAGGAGAGUAGGCUGUUAGAGAAAUUGGAAGAAGGUACACAUAAGCACGUUGAGAUAAACACCAAAGAAGAAAAAGAGAUAAAUGAAGAAGAAACACAUGGAUUAAAUGUGGAAUGUAAGGAGGAAAUUCCAAUAAUCAAGAAAAUUUACAAUCAUAAAGAACAUGAGGAGUCUAAUGAACAAGAUGGCAUUUGUGGAUAUAGCACUGAGAAGAUUAACAGUGAGACAGACACCAGAGAAGAAGAAAGUGAAGAAAUUAAUGAGGUAGCCACACGUGGACUCAAAGAUGAAUGGGGAAAGGAAAUUCAAACAAUCAAGAAAAGUGAAAAUCAGAAAGAACAUGAGGAGACUAAUGAACAAGAUGGCUUUUGUGAAUAUAGCAGUGAGAACAUUAAUGGACUUCUGAAACAAGAACGGGAAUGGGAAGGGAGCACGUUUAGAAUUGGACAAACAAAUAUCUCCUAUAAUGAGGAUCAUAACUCUACAGAAUGUGAGGAUAAAUUGAACAAUGUAAAUUCUGAGAUGCUGAUGUCAAAUGAAACAGAUAAAACUAACUUUGAAGAUAAUGAAGUGACUAGAGAAGAAAGCAGAAUGGAAUCUGACAUAGAUUUGAAAUGGGUUGAAUUAGAGUCAGAUAAAUUGGUUAAAUACAACACACACAUCCUGACCUAUGACACACCUGAAAAAGGUGGGACAGACCCAUCAUCUCAUCUUUGGGAUCAAACAGAGUGGGAUGAUACGCAAGGAUUUAAGGUUUACUCAAAACAAGAAAUAAAAGUGCUAAGUGGUCAUGACGAAAAUAAAGAAAUCUUCCAAGUGACAAUGGGAAGAGAUGAUAUAGCCACUGAAGAAUUGGAAAUUCAACAGGAAGAAGCAGAGAAAGUUGUUGUAUGCAUGGAAAUACCUGGAAUGACAGAAGAUACAUUAGAUGAACACAUUACAGUGAAAAUAACAACAGAUGAGCAAGGUGAAGAGACUUUCUGGAGAGAAGAUGACUACAAGGAAGCAGAAGCAAAUAGGCCUGAGAAUGAGAAAAAUGAAUCCAUACAAAUGGAAAAUGGAUUUUCAAAGCAGCCAGGCGAUGCUGUAAUAUUGCUGGAUCAAAGCACUGAAAUUAAACUAACUAAACACAAGGGUGAUUUAGCAGAACUGGCAUGUGCACUGACUGACACACCCACAUAUACUGACGAGGAGAAAGGAGGGAGUGUUGUGGAUUACAGCAUCACCCAAGUGAAAGGCCAUCAGGAUGAAGUCAAUCAAUUGGAAAGGGUUGUUUCAAAUAUUGAGAAAGGUUACAAUGGAGUAAUGAACAAGGGUGAGUUCCAGGAAGAGGAAAAUAAAACUGAAGUUAAUAUCCUACCACUACACUUCUUGAAAAGUGAUAAAACUGAGGUUAAUAUCCUACCAGUAUGCAUCUUGAAAAGUGAAAAAGGAAUAAUAUCUGACGAGAAAAUUUACAAUGAAGACCAGGAUCAAGAUCCAAGUUCAAACACAGAGAAGGAAGGGCAUACAGAUGAUUUGGAAAACACUACAGAUUCAAAUACAGUGUGUUUGGGAAGGAUGCAAUUGGGGGAUAUGCCAGAAGAGACACAAAUGCUGCCAGAAACUAUAUGUGUACCAGAUGGAGCCAGAAACAAAGAUACAAUAGUUAGUGAACCUAUAAAUGAUAUAAAGGAACAAAUAUGGGAUUCUAAGGAGCAGGAAGUUGGUGUAAUAAGUGAGAAACUGGGAAAAAGUAGUAGUAGCAUUUACAGUAAUCAAGGUAAUAAUUCAGGCAUAGUAGAAGGUGAAGUACAGUUAAGUCAGAUUGGGAAUUUUGACUUGGAGCUUCAGGAAAAAGAGGAAGGCUAUUCAGAUGUUAACAGCAUGGCUAACUAUGAAGAAACUGAAGGCAGAGGGCAAAACAAGGAAAACUUCAAUAAAAUGUUACCCCAAGAAGAAGAGGAGAUACAAGAAAUAUUCCAGGCAAAGAUAGUUGGUUUGGUAGAAAGUGAUGAACCUAGACAUGAGAAAAAGGAGUUAGAUGUUUUGACAUUAAAAUAUAGCCCGAUCCUAAUACAAGUGGAUGACACAUUACCUGACAAACUUGGAAUGACACAGAGAAUAUGUGAAUUUAGAGAUGAGGUGAAGGAAAAGGAGGAUCAAAGAGAAGGAAGAGGAGAAGAUGAUCACACAAUAAACAGUGACUCUUCUCUACUUAGAGCAGGAGGUAACAAACCAAAACUAGAAAAAGGAGAUCUCAUUGAAAAAAUGUUACAAGUUAAACUGGAUACUGGACAUAGUAUGAAUGAAGAGAAAAAAGAAGAGGCAGAACAGAGAGAAACAAAAGGAAAGCAUGAUCAGAAUCUGGGCUAUGGGUUUUCUAAGCAAGGAGGAGAGAGUGAUGGAAUCAAUCUAUGUACAGAGAUAAAUGUGGAUGAAAUGUUACCAACUGAACCAACCAAGUUCACCACAGAUAAAGGGAGAGAAGAAAGGUUGGAACAUAGAGAAGAAGGAGGAAAAGAUGAACGAGAUAUGAAUGCUGUGUUUUCUCUCCAAGGACAAAAUAGAAAUGAUCUAAGUAUUGAUGAAGGCAUACAAGUAGAACAAAUGUUACACAUCAAAGUAGACAUUAAACAUGAAAUGAAUGAAGUGAAAAAAGUGAAGGUGGAGAAGCUACAAGGAAGAGAAGCAAGUGAAAUAGGAAUAAGUAAUAAUGAAAACCUGGAUCAAGAUUCAAGUUCAAAUAAUGAUAAGCAAGUUCAUAAAGGAGAUUUGGAAAUGACAUUAGAUUCAGAGAAAGUGAGUUUGGGAAAAGCAAGAAAAGAGAAGGCAGAACAUAGUGAAGCAAAAGGAACACAUGAUCAUAAACUACACUAUGACACCUCCAUACAAGGAGAAGAGACUAACGGGACAAAACGUGGGAAAGAGAUAAAUGUGGAUGAAGCAUUACCAGCCAAACGCAAAAAGACACUUAUAAUAUGUAAAGAAGAAGAAGAAAGGGGAGAAUAUAGAGAAGGAACAGAAAAGGAGGAAGAAGACAUGAACUUUGGAUUUUCUACCCAAGGAGAAACAAGCAAUUAUCUAAAUAUUGAUGAAGGGAUACAUGGGGAAAAACCAUUACAUGUUAAAUUGGACACUGACUUUGGAAUGAGUGAAGUGAAACAUGCAGAGAUGGAGCAGACAGAAGGGAGAAAAAAGGUAAAAGAACCAAAGAAAGGCAAAUGUCCGCUGCAAGAAGGAGACAGCAAUAAAGCAAAAGUCAAAGACAUACAUGUGGUUGAAACAUUACCAGCCAAGUGGGAAAUGACACUGGAAAUGUGUGAUUUGUAUGGAAAGGAGAUCAAACAGAGACAAGAAGGAGAAACUGAUGAUAGAGAGCUAAGACAUGGAUCUUCUCUGCAAACAAGCCUACUAAAAGAAAAGUCUGUAGAAAAAACAUUACCAGCUAACCUGAACAUAGCAGAGGAAAUAUGUGAAAAUGAAGAAAAGAAAGGGGUGGAUGAAUGGAGUGAAGGGAAACAUAAUGAACAACCGCAUGGAGGGAAAAGCAAAGAGCAAACAUUAGAGGGAGAAACUGUGAAUGUGGACAUAGAACUGGAAAUGAAUAAGGUGAAUCAGGAGGAACAAGAAGAAGGGAGAAGAAAAGAAGAUGUAGAAAUGAAUUAUGAAUCUCAUUUACAAGAAGGCGAUUGUGAAGAAAUUGUGCUGGGAACAGAAAUACAUGUAGAUGAAACAUCAACAGCCAUAGCAAAAACAGUGCUGACAGGAAGUGAAGUCAAAGAGGAUGAGGUGGAACACAAAGAAGAAAGAAAAAGCAAUGAAAGAGAUAUGGAAAGCGGACCUUUUCUCCAAAAUGGAAUAGGUACUGAUCAAAAUACAGAUAAAGGCAUAAAUAUGGAAGAACGACUACAAAUCUGUGUGAACAUUGAACUAGUAAAGAGUGAAGCUGAACAGGAAGGAAAAACCGGAGAAGAAAAUGAACCAAACAAUGGUGAAUCUUCUUUCCAAGGAGGAGAAGGUAAUAAAGCAAAGCUAGGAGAAGAUCUGUAUGUGAUUGAAAUAUUAUCAGAUCAGAAAGAAGAAGGCAGUAAACAUGAACAAGAACUGAAGUAUGAACCUUCUCUACAAGCAGGAGCUGGCAGUAAAGUAAAAUUUGAAAAAGAAGAGGAGGUGGAAGAAUUAUUACCGAUCAAACUAGACAUGGCACCAGUAAUAGCUGAAGUGAAGGAAGUUGGAAAAAGUGAAGAAACAGGAAAAGAAAAACAAAAAGAAACCAUAAUGUACACAAGAAGAAAGCAAAUGCAAGAGGAAUCUGAACUAACCAAACUAUGUAGAAGUACAGGGUUUGAAGCUUCACUUAAAGACGAUCAUAAAAGCGAGAAACACGAGAGAGGCAGAGAGGAGUCAGUGCAUGAAAAAGUGGUUCAUGAUGAUGAAGGCAAAAAAAUAGGUUUUAAUGCAAAAGAGCCAGAAGACGAUAAAGAAAACAUGCAGGUAAAAGUAAAACUUCAAGGAAAUGAAGGAGUGACAACUGGAAAAUCAAGUGUACUGGAGGAUGAAAAUGGAGUGCUACAUGAAGUACAUGAUGGAGAAAUAUUUAAUGAAGUAAGGAAAGAGGAAGGAAUAUUUCAUAAAACACAAAAACUACAAGAUCGGUUAUUACCACAAGAUGAAAUAGUACAUAAAGAGAAUAAUGAACCCACAGCAAUCAAAAGAUUUGGGAUACCAGAAGACUGUCAGGAAACAAUGGUAGCCACUAGAGAGCAUCACACGGGAAGCAAUGAAAUGGUAGAAGGAGAUGUUCAGGGAUUUGGGUGGAAAAUGGAAAUCACUCAUGAAUUAAUGGAGGCAUGUGAAAAAAAGAUGGGAAAAAAUCAAAAAGAAACUGUGGAGUUUGGAGAAGUGCAAAACAAAAAUCGAGAUGAAUAUUACAGUGGGUCAAAGGAAGAUACCAUAGAUGAAAUAUUAAAGCAUACAGGGCCAGAAAAUAAUACUGGGGAAAAAAUGGUACCACACAUAGAAAACCUGUUGGAAAAUAGUAAUUUAAAGUAUGGGGACAUAAAUGAUACAAGCAAAGAAGGCUUGAUGAAGGUGGAUGAUGCAUUAGAAAAUAGUAGGAUUCCACUUAAUGAAGAUUUGAAAAAUGAUGGGGAGCAUAACCCUGGAACAAUGAAGGAUAGUGUGGGAGAGAGAGACCAGACACUUGAGUGGGAAGAGACCAAAACCCAAAAUGAGGAUUUCAAAUGGUGGGAAGACAUCAAGAAUAGGAGUUGGGAGGAGUUACUGGAAGCUGAAAACCCUCAGAAACAAAAAGAGAAAUGUAACAACCAGGAGGAGACAGUACAGGGAGAGAGAGAUGGAGAAGAAAUAUACAAAUGCAAAAUACUAACAUAUAAAAAUACAAAAACUCAGGAGGAAAGGCUAGAACAAGAGAAACAAGAUGUUGAGGGAAAAUUACAGAAGAGUAGAACAGUAGACCAGCCAUCAGCUUCCAGCAAGGUAGAAUAUAACAAGAGUGAACAGAAGAAUAUCCAUGAGCUUCCAUGUGCAACCGCAGAGUGGGACAGGAGAGCUGACCUCAAGAAACAACAGAGAAGUGAGGAAGAGCAGGGUGCCACUUUCAAUUUAAGGAAAGAGGUUGUGGAAGCAGUGUUGCUUCACACAAGAAGAACAGAUGAAAUUGUAUUAUUGACAGAUGAGAAGGGUGGGCAGCCAGAUAGGGCCACAGAAGAAAACAGCUCAGAGCGUAUCACAGACCCUAAAGAGUUUAAAGAGGUAUGCCAGAAUGAGAAGACAGCUAUUGCAAGUUCUCCAAAUGCUGAGGUCCCAAGAAGAGUGAAAUAUCCUGAAAGUGAAAGGAGCACCAAAAAGAUGAAGAGAAGCCUAGAAGAUGAAGAGAGACAGCUCUCUACAGGACAGAAAGCACCGAGGGAGGAAGAAGACAUGAGUCAGCCAGUGAAACUUAACAGGGAUGACGUAGAAGAACUCAUGGCAAACAGUGGAUUGUCUCAGAAGCAAGAUAAGCUUUACAAUGUGGUGUUCAUUGGGGAGAGCAGCGUUGGCAAGACCUCCUUUAUUAAGAAAUUCUGUAACGGCGUGUUCCGCUUGGACCUCUGUGCCACAGUUGGUAUAGACAGCUGUCUUCGGUCAUUAACAGUGGGAGGUGAACAAUUUGUCCUUCAGCUCUGGGAUACAGCUGGCCAGGAAAGAUACCACAGCAUCACAAAGCAGAUAUUCAGGAAGGCAGAUGGAAUUGUGCUUAUGUACGAUGUCACAUCAUCUUGCACUUAUGUGGCUGUUCGAUACUGGCUCUCCUGCAUUGAGGAGGGAACAAAUGGAGACCUUCCAGUGUUGCUGUUAGGGAACAAAACAGACAUCAGCGAAAAGCGUGAAGUUCAGGUUCAAGAAGGCGGUUCUCUUGCAAAGGAGUACGGCUUUCAGUUCAUGGAGUGCAGUGCUGCCUCUGGGUACAACGUCAAUGAGUCAAUGGCGAGCUUGGCUAGGGCACUGAAGGAGAAAGAAGAUAUGAUGAAAGAAAAUACCAAUGUGGUGGAAGUAAUGCCCAAAAAAUCAAGUUGCUGUUAGCCAUGGAUACAAGUUCCACUCUGCCUUCUGCUUAACCCACUGCCACACGUGCUGUGGGCUCAGUUUCCUUUCAGUGAGAUGAUUUUUAUGAACCAUUGCCUUCAUUUCGCUACACAAGAUAAUGGCGAAAAGUGAAAGAUGUCUAUCAGCGCUAAUGAUUUCCCUCUCAUUCAGUGCUUGCUUCUGUGAUUUUAGAAGAGUUUCAAGCAACAGCUUUCUUUAAAAGCCCCCUUUGUACCCAUUGAGCAUAUAUAGAGUAUGUCAAGUUGGAAUCUUAAGAAGGGUUGAAAGUGAAUCUGAAUCACAAAGAGAGGAUAAACAUGAAGGACCAUUCAGGAAAUUAAAACAUUAGGAAAACUCGAAUACAGACAGACCAUUAAGCCCAACAACACUCACUAAUCCUAUCAACAGAAUUUCUCCAAAAUAACAUCAAGAUGAGUGCAAAAUAACGUCAAGUUGAGUAUAGAGAGUGUGUAAAAAAUGUCAGAGGCAGAUAGAUUCUGUUACUUGGUUUGAGCCAUAAAGAAAUUUGAACUACUCUACCUGAGCCAUAAAUGGACACAAAGGCACAUAUGUAGAUUUGGAUUUAUGGACAUAAUGUCUGAAACUUCAUAUUCCAAGCUGUUUCAGGUGGACUAAAAGAGAAACUAUAAAACAUUUGUAUAAAUAAAGUCAAUUUUUUUUGUCACAGCUUACAAAAUCAUCAUAUACCCAUUCUCUCCACAAACACACAAUGGACUAGUUCUCCAUCUAGAGUGAAGUAUAGUUUUAUAAAUAGUAUAAUAUUUAAUUUAAUAGCAUAAAUACAUCAGUUAAAAUUAAUGAUUCCUUUCCAACAGUCAUUGAUAUAUUUAUAUAACAAUAUUAACACUUCUGGAGGUUAUAUAUAGAAUGGAUUGAUCCAAGAGGAAACGAGUGCGUAAUCGUACUGUGCCCAUGUAAACUGGUUGCUCAGUUAAAGAGCUAAUCUGAUGUUAAGAUACAGCUUGGUGUGAGUCAUGGAGAACAUAUAGUGUAGUUUUUGAAAUUCAGGGGCAUUCAGACUGGAUAAUUCCUACAAUGAGCAUAUAACAUUAAUGGAUGUGUAGGUUCAACCAAUUUGUUUUUUUUUUCUUCAAUGAAUGAAUGAAUGUUGAAUUAUUGUCAUUCCUAGAUGAAUGGGUGAGUGGGUACCUAAAACAGCCAGUAUACUUGUAGGUUCAUUGUCAGAAAUGUAAUUAUUACAAUAUGCCAGUAAACAUUUACAGACUAGAACCAUAAAUACUGCAGUUUUAUAUAAGAAGGUCUUAGAAUGCUGUACUGCCAAAAUCUCAUUUAGGGUUGUGGCAUGGCCUUAAGUCUAUCCUACUGUAGAUGCAUCUGGUGUAAUGCAGGAAAGAGUCCAGGACAGGGCGCCAGUCCAUUGUAGGGAAUACUCACCGAUAGGCCAACACUUGUACUCAUACAGGGGCAAAUUGGGAAUCAACCAUUGACUUUACUUGCAUAUCCUUUGGAAUUUGGGAAAGAAACCUGAAGAAAGAGUUCAGUGUGGAAAAUCCAUACAGAUCGCAGAAAAUGUCUACACAGUUCGGACACUGGAUCUGUGAAGCAGCUUUGAUAGCCGCUAUGGGACAGUGCCAUCACUGGCAAAACAAAACAUUAUUGGCUAAUCCUAACUUUGCCCUUACUUUACUCACUAAUAAAAUGAAAUCCAUCCAUCCAUUAUCCAACCCGCUAUAUUCUAACUACAUGGUCACGGGGGUCUGCUGGAGCCAAUCCCAGCCAACACAGGGCGCAAGGCAGGAAACAAACCCUGGGCAGGGUGCCAGCCCACCGCAGAAUAAAAUGAAAUGUAUUUUAAAAAAUUAUAUGUGUAGGAAAGCUGAGGUUAUUCUUUCAUUUUUGAAACUUGUUUCCUAAAUUGCAUUGUGCCUUUAAUGAAUAGUGCUUCAGAGUACACGCAUCAAUGCUUUUUAUAUUAAUGAGCAGAGUGAUUGUAAGUAUGACAGAUUUAAUUGCUGAUUUAAUAAAUGAUAAUUUACUUACAGUAAAUCUCUCAGACCUCCUAGAAGUGGGUACCUAUUAGUCUAUUCCCACAGGAAAGAUGAACUCUGACAGGAAAGACAAAGAUCUUCAGGCCUACUGGGUUGGAAUGUUGUCACAUAUAAAUGAAUUUACAUUGUAGGCAUGUAAAAUAACUUGUGAUCAAAAUUUGCAACACAAUUUUGGUUUAAAUUCCCAGAGCAGCAUUGAUAAUAUGGAGGAAAAAAAGAGAGAUGCUUGUGAUCUUUUCAUAGAAUAAAAAAAAUGCAAAGUUAGUUCAGGUGGAGAUUUAUUAAUCUGUCAGUCUUUGAUUUACGCAAAACAAUCUAAGUAUAAUUUAUGAUGCAUGAAGAGUAAUAGGUAAUAAUGUGAACAAUUUACGAGGGACGUUCAAAAAGUUUCUGCACUUUUUUAAACUCUGUUUAUUAGUAACUUCAAUAACAAAUGACAUCACUUUUCUACAUAGUUAUCUUCGUUUGCGAUGCAAUUUUCCAAGCGUCAUACCAACUUUUUAAUGCCCAAUUACUACUCCUCCUGCCUUCACCAUUUCCAACAAAAAUACAAAAGUGCGAAAACUUUUUGAACAUCCCUCAAACUUUAUGGUCUGAAUGAGCACCCUUUUAAACAAAGAAUGAAUAUUUAUUUAUUUUGAAUGUUGCUAGCACCACUGUUUUCAUGUUGUAGAUCUCUGGAUGAAAUACAGUAUUUGCCUUGGAUACUUGUCCAUUUUUCUGCACAUUUACUUUUUUAAAUCUUAAAAUAAUAUACAAUAUAAAAUAAAAUGUUUCUAAUUUAAGUAUAUAAUAAUAGCAAAAAGCCAGCAAAAAAUUAAUGUAUUCAUAUCUGAGAAAUAUGGUGUGUGCAUCAUGGCUACUUUUUAAAAAUUUUUGUACAUAUAAAGAUGUUUAUAAAAAUGAA